AUGGCCGAAAACUACCAGAAAAAGGAACUCCUCACUCUUAUGAGCACGGGCGCCAACAAGCUCUGUGUCGACUGCAAUGCCCCGUCUCCCCAGUGGGCGUCUGUCUCGUACGGCACCUUCAUCUGCCUCGAGUGCUCGGGUGUCCAUCGCGGUUUCGGUGUGCACAUCUCGUUUGUGCGCUCCAUCACGAUGGACAAGUGGUCCGAUGACCAGCUCAAGAAGAUGACCCUCGGCGGCAACGAGGCGUUCAAGACCUUUAUGGAGAGCUACGGCUCGGAGGGUGGCUACUCCAAGGGCAUUGGCAUGAACGAAAAGUACAACUCGUGGGCUGCCGCUCAGUACCGCGAAAAGCUCGCUGCUGCCUGCGCCGACCCGCCUACCGACUGGGCCAAGUCGUCGCCUCCUGCCAACUUUGGCGCUCCCUCUCGCCCAGACUCGGGCCAGGCAACCCGCAAGUCGCGCGCUCUCGGUGGCAGCUCGUUGGGCUCCAACACGCCGUCGCGCACCAACAGCCCGUACCAGGACGAUGUGCCCUCCAAGGUCGGCAACGAGGCGUACUUUGAGCGUCUCGGCAGUGCCAACGCGUCGCGUCCCGACCACCUCCCGCCGUCGCAGGGCGGCAAGUACGGUGGCUUUGGUUCGGCCCCGUCGCCUGACCCGGCCAGCUCGCACCCGAGCUACAACCUCUCGUCGCACGCGGCCCCUACGCUCGACGAGUUUCAGCGCAACCCCCUCGGCGCUCUGAGCAAGGGCUGGGGCCUGUUCUCGAGCGCCGUCACCAGCGCCGCUGGCGAGAUUAACCAGACGGUCGUCAAGCCCGGCAUGUCGCGCGCCCAGGAAAUGUACGACACUGGCGCCAGCGACGACUGGAAGCGCUACGUCUCCACCGCAACCACGCAGGCCAAGACAGCCGGUGGCUGGGCCGCUGCCCGUGCUGCCGACGGCUGGGGCCAGGUCAACGACGUGGCCCGCACCAAGGGCGGCGUCGACCUCAACGAGCAGUUUGGCAAGCUCGGCCUCGGCAAGGGCUCGGCCCGUGACCAGGGUUACGGCCAGGUGGGCCAGCACGGCGACGACUUUUUCGACGACCCACGCCUCGGGCUCGGCUGCCUCCCCAACGUCGCCACUCCGGCCCCGGCGCGCUCGUCGUCGUCGACCCCGGCUCCCGCCAAGCCUGUCAAGAAGGACAACUGGGACGAGGACGAGUGGAAGGACUUUUAA